AUGGACCCAGGUAAACAAGAUGCCCUUAACAGUAUUGAGAAUUCCAUUUACAGAACAGCCUUCAAAUUACGAUCAGUGCAAACUCUGUGCCAGUUGGACUUGAUGGACAGCUCUCUGAUUCAGCAAGUCCUCCUCCGUCGCAGCCUCUGGGAAGCGAGAGAGAUCCCGCGCCCUGUGCAGCAGCUCUCUCAGACCCUUCAGGAGCUUUUUCAUAGAGUCGGGGUGGACAAACCAGGACAGGUGCAUCCCAGAGCUUCAGAACUCACUCUGAGCCUUCUCACAACGAUGUACGACAGCACAGGAACGGGUUUGCUCAAGCUUGUGCCUGCAGCUGCUGCCCUGAUUGCUUUGUCUGGGGACAGCCCUCUUACAAAAUACAGAGCUCUUUUUCAGCUCUAUGCAGAAAAUACCAGGGGAGCUUAUGAUUCUGGGGCACGCAUGACUCGAAGCAUUUUGAGAAACCUACUAACAGAUCUACAGCAGAUCCCAGCUGUCGUAGGGGAGAGUCGCGCUCUGUGCUCUGUGGAAAGCGCUACCCGCAGCUGUUUCCAAGGGGUGUUGAGCCCAACAAUCAAAGAAGAAAAAUUCCUGUCUUGGUUACAGUCUGAGCCUCCCAUCCUCCUGUGGCUCCCAACCUGCUACCGGUUAUCUGCUACAGAAAUGGUCACUCACCCUGCCCGGUGUAGAAUCUGCAGGAACUUUCCAAUCACAGGACUGAGAUACCGCUGUCUGAAGUGUCUCAACUUUGACCUCUGCCAAGCGUGCUUCUUUGCUGGGCUUCACAGAGGAUCUCCCCAGAAGGUCCAUCCUGUGAUGGAGGUCUGCGUCCAGAUGUCGGCAAAGGAGAAUACAAAAUGCCUGGUCAGGACCCUCAGAAGCAACCUGCUCCGAGGACGCAGGAGAAAAGAAACUUCGAGAAGGUGGUGGCUGCUGGACCAGGCGACUCCAGGGAAGCUGGCUAAUAACGCACAAGCCAGAUUCCUUAAAAAACAGUUAAAACGAUACAAAGGCAAGUUGCAAGCCAUCUAUGCCUCGCAGGAAGAAAAAAGUUGCAGAUUUGAAACCAAGAUUCACAGGCUUACAGCCAACCAGGAUAGCCUGUGGACCCAGCUACAGCAGAUGGGGCAGGAUCUCCAGGCAGUGUUACAGUCACUCCCUCCUUCCUCGUCUUCCUGUCAAAGUAUGAUUUACAAGGGUGAACAUGGAAAGGCUGAAAGGCUUUGCAGGGGAGGAGAUUCUUCCCAGGUCAAGAAAGCCACUGAGGAUUGUUCAGAAUGGGAACCUCUUGCCUCCCCAACCACAACUGACACCAAAGUCACUAAAAGUCACCAAAGUCAAGCAAAUGCAGAGCAAGCUCUACCAAAUUCAGAAUCACCAGAGGCCAUUUCGCAGCUGAAAUCAACACAAAGCACCAGGGCACAAAGCCAAGCACAAAAGAUCUCAAAGGAAAUCUUUAGCUCCCCAACCGGUUCUCAGGAGGGACUGCCGCGGGACAACCCCCAGAUUGUUCCCACUGAAAUGAACAGUCCUACUCUGGCACUGGCAAAAAGGAAAGAGACAGUUAACAUCCAGGAGGGAAAGGAUGAGCUCGAGGAAAAGGAACUGCGAGAACUGUUGUCAAAACUUACAGAUGCCUUCACUCUAGAAAUGCCAUCAGGCCUGCAGCCUUCAGUAAACAUGGACCUGUACCGUGGAGCUGAGCGGCUGUCCAAGGCCUUCUGUGCCCUUGUUGAUCAAAUCACCUUGUCCAGCUUGAAGUGA